AUGGGCGGCGACGAGAGUGGCCAUACCAGCAAUACCAUGGCGGCCAGCAGAGACCAGGUAGAUGCUGCUUGGAAAUAUCUCAAUGACCACCGCGAUGUUCCAGGUGUGGAAGAAGUCAAUCUUGGCAAGUUGCGCAGGAAGAUUGAUUGGCGCAUCGUUCCUCUUAUGUUUUGUUGCUAUACAAUGCAGUUUCUCGACAAGGUCAUAUAUAACUACGCUGCUGCUAUGGGCAUCAUCCCCGAUCUUGAACUAACGGGAAACCGAUUCUCCAACGUUGCAACCUUUCUCUAUGUCGGACUUCUCUGCUUUGAAGUGCCUAACGUCUAUCUCCUACAACGUGUGCCUGCUGCCAAAUGGCUCGGCAUUAAUGUUACCCUCUGGGGCAUCGCAACUGCUUGCGGCGCCGCUGCACACAAUUACCAAACCAUCCUAGCUUCACGGAUAUUUCUGGGCAUAUUCGAGGCAACCAUCGGCCUCGGCUUUGGUCAGAUCAUUGGCGGAGCCAUAUCGUAUGCCUUUCAGCACGCUACUUCAAAUGGCGGAAUUGCCGGUUGGCGCGUCAUGUUCAUAGUACUUGGCGCCAUAACAGUACUCAUCGGCCUAUGUGUUAUUUUAUUUAUUCCUGAUACUCCCAUGCAGGCAAAGUGGCUGUCCGAUACUGAAAAGGUGGCACUUUUGAAGCAUGUGAGUGUCAACCAGACAGGUGUUCAAAACACCAAGUUCCGGGCGAUGGAGAUCAUUGAAGGAAUCCUAGACCCCCAGAUCUGGCUGAUGGUCCUAUCAGUUAGUCUGAUGACGGUAGCCAGUGGUGUCAUCACCACGUACUCGGUGAGGCUCAUUAGCACUAUUACCCAUGACGCGAGCAAAACCCCAAUUCAGAACUCACAAUACGCUGCUUUGAUGAAUAUGCCAUCCGGCGCUGUGAGCAUCUUCUUCAUCUUGCUUGUUGGGUUUGGGAUCCGGAAGCAGUCUAACCGAUGGUUGUGGAUUCUCAUCUGCAUCAUUCCUUCCAUCAUUGGCGGUGCUCUCAUGUCAUUCGUUUCUCAAACCAACAAGUCUGGUCUUCUUGCCGGCAUCUACCUUGUCAAUGCGGUUGUCGCUCCGUUGCCGAUACAGUAUAGUUGGAUUGUCGCCAAUGUUGCUGGUGCUACUAAACGUGCAUUUGCAGUCACGAUGAUUAGCAUAUCCUUCUCCAUAGGCAAUGUCAUUGGACCGCAGACUUUUCAGGCGAAAGACGCCCCGGAUUACUACCCUGCCAAGCUCGCUCUUGUUUGCACACAAGCUGCUAGCGCCCUUACUACGAUUGCAUUAUUCCUGUACUAUUACUGGGCCAACAAGAAGCGAGCUAGUAAAGGCAAAGAAGCGGAAGAAGAGUUCAUGGAACCGAGCGUGUGGGCGAGGAUGACAGACAAAGAAAACUUGACAUUUCGCUACGUGUAUUGA